GGAUGUUGAUGGACCCGAACCUGGAAACCCAGGAGGGGAACCCAUACCCGACCCAACAACAAACCGGCCACAACACGGACGAUCUUUUGCCACCGGACCCGCUGCUACAAUCAGACACCUACAUCGUUGAAGUCGACAACGCCACUCCACUCCGAACCCGAGUUCCUCCGCCUGAAUCGGAGCUGGGGAAGAUGGCGGACACCGCGAAGAAUCAGGCGACCGAGUCGUCACAGAAGCGAGCCAAGAGGAAGCAGCUCUCCGAGGAAUCGAUCGAGCGUCCGAGCUGGUUGCCGGAGAACUGGAAGAUGGAUGUCAGAGUUCGCCACUCUGGAGCUACUGCGGGAUCUACGGAUAGGUAUUAUAUUGAACCAGUUACAGGAAAAAGGUUCCGUUCAAGCAAAGAGGUGCUUCAUUACCUAGAAACAGGAAGUACGCGCAAGUCAUCAGAGAGCCCCGUGGUUAGCCAGAAGCAGCAAAAGAAGAGCAGCUCUUCAAAGGAGACAAAGCCAACCCCCUUCUAUUUCGAUUUUGAGAAUCCACCUCAGAAUGUGUCUUGGGUUCAGACUAACGCAUCAGAAGACACUUGGACACCCCACAGUCUUCACGGGGUGGUACCGGAAUGCAUUCAGAAGGAAUGGAGUACAGUGUUCUCUAGUGUCACACAAGAGAUUGGGCGGAAGUUUGCCCCGCCAUAGGACAGGAAGUCUUAACUAUCAAUUUAAUCUUUGGAUUGGCUUCAAUCUCUUUUAUUUAUUUCUUGGACUGCUUAAGUACUUUUUGUAACCUAAGUUUGUAACUAAAAUGCACAGCCGACCUGUGUCUACCUGUCCCUGGAGACGAUUGGAAUUACCAGGGGUCCCUUUAGGAAUAGUUUAUUUUUUUGCCCUUUAGGAUUGGUCUCUGUUCUGAAUUCUAAAUGGAUUCUUUUCCCUAUGCAUGUUUAGUAUAGUCAAUUCAUUGAGCUUAUCAUCUUGAAUGUUUGACACAUGGGAUAUACGAUAGUAUUAGUUACAGAAGCAAUUUAUAUGUGGGGGCUUGCUGAUUUGUAGAAAUUUUUAAGAGUUCUGACGUGGUAAAUGCGUUAAAAUUUCU